UAGCUGAAUAUAGAGGUUUAUAUCCUUCUGUCCAUUCUAAGCUGACUUGAAAUGAUCCCUUGGUCCUCAGUUCGUUAGUCGUCGUUAAUUUGAAUUAAUCUUCGUUAAUUUUCGUUAACAUUAGUUAAUCGAUGUCGGUUAGGGUUUAUAAACUCGUAACUCAGUGCCAAACCUACAGAAAACUCUUCCGUUCCUCUUAUGUUCCAACAAGUUGCUUUUCCCGAAGUUGUAUUUAUCGCAGGACGUGCCCUGAACGUGUAUUACGCCAUGCUCGUUGAUGAGUCAGUCUAUCAGGGCCAGACAAUGUAUUGUAUGCUGUUCCCCGCCAGCCAGGCCAUUAAUUGCUUAUGCAGUUGUGUCCAAGACAUCGGACAUCACUCGACAGAUGGUGUUUGGGAGGAGUCGGCGUUUGUUGAAGUGGGUCUUCGCGGCGGUGUGUGUGCUUUUCAUUGGAAACACGCUCAUGAAUAUCUUCAGGGUACGCACCAAAACCAAGCCUGAACGACGACUUGUCCCCUCUUCAAGGAUGAUUUCUGCAAUAUCCCGGUACGAAAAUGACCCAUCAUCUCUCCUGGUGUGGCCAAACGGCGAAGACAACCAACCAUACUUCCUGUCUCCCGUUUUGCAGUUCCAAAAUGACAUUUUUCGCCAGAAGACGCGUUUCGAUCUCAAAGGUGUUGAAAAACUAUUCACACAAAACAAGACAGACGAGAAAGUUAUAGUUAUUUAUAACAUGCCCACGUGGCAUACGUUUGAAACGAGGUACAUAAACAGUUUGGAGAAUUGCCGAUUGCAAAACUGUCGAUUAUCAGCUGACCAUAAACUUCUCCCAAAAGCAGACGCUGUCGUGUUCUAUGUCCUGUCCAUUGAUCAAAACAUUCCACCACCAAAACCAGCCAAUCAGAUGUGGAUAUUUUUUGCACACGAGGCUCCAUGGGACUUCCCCCGAUGGAGAGAUCGGUUCAACUGGACGAUGACGUUCAGAUACGACUCGGACAUUGUAUGCCCGUAUUUCGUGCUCCUGCCGAAACCUACAGCGGAUGCUCGAGAUUUUGGUGCUAUCACAGAGAAGAAAAGUAAACCCGUCAUGUGGUUGGUAAGUCAUUGUAAUGCUAGGUCGAAACGCGACGACUACGUGAAAAAACUUCAACAAUUCAUCGGCGUUGAUAUAUACGGUGGAUGUGGACCUCUGAAGUGUAGCAAGUCAGGGUCAAACAGUUGUGACAAUAUCCAGCACACGACAUACAAAUUUUAUUUGGCGUUUGAGAAUUCACUGUGUCGAGGAUACCUGACAGAAAAGGUGUUUCGGAGCUACAGUUUGGACAUCGUCCCCGUGGUGAGGGGCGGGGUGAGGUAUGGAAAGCUCCUCCCUCGGGGAACAUUCAUCGACACAGCCGAUUUUUCCUCUCCAGAGAAACUUGCCAAUUAUUUAAAAUAUUUAGAUUCCAACAAUACGGCGUAUGCUGAAAUAUUGAGACGGAAAUCACAGUACACUAUCACAGAUCCGAAGUCAACUUUAGAUUCAUCGUUGUGUGAUAUUUGUGUGAAACUUCAUGAUUUAGACAGAUUUGGAAAUACUUACUAUGAUGUGAAUAAAUGGUGGAAUAAGGACAGCUGUUCUAAUGCCACGGACUUCUGAAGUGUAGAUACGAGGACGCAUUGAGGUGCAAGGCAUGGGCGUUUUAUUUGAAGUCAGUUCAACGUGCAUCAGCGUGUAUUAUUCAUUCAACUGCAAGAUACGGACGUUACGUUUGUGAAGUCAGCUGACAAUGCAACAGUGUACUAUACCAGAACUGGUUAAACUACAAGAUACGGACGUUACAUUGGAGUCAGCUGACAAUGUAACAGUGUACUAUACCAGAACUGGUUUAACUACAAGAUACGGAUGUUACAUUGGAGUCAGCUGACAAUUUAACAGUGUACUAUACCAGAACUGGUUUAACUACAAGAUACGGAUGUUACAUUGGAGUCAGCUGACAAUUUAACAGUGUACUAUACCAGGUCAGGUUCAACUACAACAUACGGACGUUACAUUGGAAUUACACAUUUUGACCCUAAACACGUUUAGCUGUUCAACACAAUCCCACACAUGUUUGGGCCUGAACAUGUCAAACUUCUGGGACUAGGAACGUGUUUUUGUUUGUGUUUGGGGUCUAAACACACUUCUACAGUAAAUAAUCUCUGCAGCCUAUGUUGUGUUCCACACAUCUCUCGGAAUGCAAUACAUGGAGAGUUUCUGUCCUUGUUAAUGCUAAAGCCCCAAAACGUAUCAUGUUUCUGGUCUUUAGGUUUGGCCGAAAAUGACGCGACUUGUUCUCAUUUUUCUGAUUUUUUGUCAUAAGUUUAUUUGAAACAGUUCGUCGUCAGCUGUGCACCUACAGACAAAACGAGGAUUAAAAACAAGUCAUCUUCAUUAAAACUCCUUGCUCGACUGCUCUCGACACGUCUAAACGGACUUAUGACAUGGCGACUGGACUCACAUUUAGUCAAAGACACAAAAUAAUCUCGUUUAAAAAUAUAUGUCUGCAAAAUAUAAAAUACAAUCCAAAUGGAGCCCAGAACAAAGUUUAAUUUCAGAAUCUCGCCUGUGAACCCUAAAGAUUCGGAAAAACCUUACAGCAAUCUAGAUUUGCUUAAUCUUUCAGUUGUAUCACUGUAUGAUUUAUGAUCAAGGAUCUGGGAAGCAUGGUGGCCGUAACAGUACUUCAGUGGAGAUCCCAAUAAAUCACCCGGACGAACAAUUUAACAGAUUAAUAGGUGGUGAUGGCGGUUAGAUUUAAGAGCAGAGUUAACCCUACAAAGGUCUAUUUGCGACCAACAUCUCAGAUUGUGGAGGCGUGAGUGUUUGUGUGCCUGUCUGCUGGUCUGUGUGUCUGUGUUUGAACGCCAUGGGGUUAUGUUUGUUUGUUUGUCGUUUAACGCCGCACUCGGCAAUAUUCCAGCUUUAUGACGGCGGUUUGUAAAUAAUCAAGUCUGGACCAGACAAUC